AUGUUCCGCCCCCACAUGAUGCUGAGAAGCGGACUAGCCGGCGCCCGCCGCAUGCUUUCGACUGAAAUGAAGUCUGCAUUGGAUUCUGCUGUUUCUUCUGCGCCUGUCGUGCUGUUCAUGAAGGGCACCCCUGAGCAGCCGCAGUGCGGAUUCAGUCGGAACACGAUCCAGAUUCUGGGCUACCAGGGCGUUGAUCCAAAGAAAUUUGCCGCCUACAACGUUCUCGAGGACCCUGAGCUGCGUAACGGCAUCAAGGAGUACUCGUCAUGGCCCACCAUCCCCCAGCUUUACAUUAACAAAGAGUUCAUUGGUGGACAUGACAUUGUCGUCAGCAUGUCUGAAAGUGGCGAGCUGGCUGAUCUUUUAGAAAAAGAGGACGUUCUGGUUGAAGAGUGA